AUGGGGCACCUAGGAGAGCCUUUACCCCCUGGAGAUAUACAUGGCGUGAGCGUGAACCUUCCGAAGUGGGAAGAUACAGUGGGAUGGUCAAGCCGAAACCCGCAAGUUCUGGCACAGCUCAAGACAGGAUACCCUCGGUUUUUUAUCCAUCGUCUUAUCGACAAACUCGCGGAGCAGAUUGUCAAGAGGUUUCACACGCACAAUGACCACUCACCUUUGUCUUCAGAGGAAACGUUAGCAGUGCUAUUUCCUUGCCAGCGAAGUGCAGAUCAGUGUGGGCAAUUCCUGAGGAAAAACCUCACUGAGAUCCAAGCAGGUCGGGUCACGGUACUCCCUUUCUGCAAUGACCCAAAUUCACCGUCUAUGCAUAAGGCAAAACUCAGUGUAGACUGGCAAAACUUGGAACUGUAUGCUGUAUUCUAUCCCGAUUCAGCAUUCGGAUUGGCCAAGUCGUUCUGGCAGCACACAGGCUUUGGGAUCUCAAGUCGCUAUGCAGAACUGUGUCUCGAGAAUCAACACCUCUUGAGCUUGCAGCGUAUGACGACGCCCUAUCUUGCUUGCAUCGAUCGCUGCAACGCUGAGAGUGAGCCUCACGACAGGACAAAGGGACUGGAGCUUCUGGCAGCUGGGGAUAUAGAUUCGCCAAAGGCAAUUCUUCGCCAGCGAAUUGCAGAGCUCUGUGCUACAGAUACACAAGGACGUAUGGCAAGCCUGAGCAAUAUGGCCCAGUCUCUGCAGCAGCACUUCCAGAAAGACCGCCCCGUCGUUGCAAUUUUUGGUUUCCUAUAUGUUGAUACCAUAAAAACGCUCCAAAAGGUUUAUGACUUCGAAACAAGACUGUACGGCCAUGCGUCGAGUGAAGACCUGGAUGCGCUCGAAGAGGAUCUUUCUUCCGGAAGAAAGAUCCAUGCACUCAUAUGCGAAUUUCCAGGAAAUCCGCUUUUGCAAUCACCGGACUUGAAACGCCUGCACCAACUGGCCAAGCAGCAUAGCUUUCGGUUGGUGGUGGAUGACACCGUCGGCACUUCUGCCAACCUCGCCCUCCUGCCACAUUGCGACAUGAUCAGUACUAGCCUCACAAAGUUUUUUAGUGGCGGAUGUAAUGUUAUGGGUGGCUCCCUCGUCUUAAAUCCGCACUCCCAGUUCUACCGAGCUAUGCAUGCCGAACUGACCGCCAAUUUUAUGGACACAUACUUCCCCUCUGACGCGUCCGUCAUGGAAGCUAAUAGUCGCGAUUUUGCUGUUCGUCUCCGAAAAGCUUCUGGGAAUGCGGAAGUCCUUUGCGAUAUGCUUCGGCAGCACCCAGCAGUCGCACAUGUCUAUUAUCCCAAAGGCAGUUCUACCCAGUCUUUGUACGACGCGUGCAGACGGACCGAUGGACUGUAUGGCUACCUUUUCUCUGUCGAAUUUGUUACCCCGGCGAAGGCAGUAGCGUUCUAUGAUGCGCUUGAUGUUGCAAAGGGUCCGAGUUUGGGGACGAACUUCUCACUUGCGUGCGCGUACACUUUGCUUGCUCACUACAACGAGUUGGAAUGGGCAGCUCAGUAUGGUGUGGGGGAGCAUUUGGUAAGGAUCAGUGUAGGCUUGGAGGACUUGGAUACUCUUUCAGAGAAGAUAACGGUGGCGUUGAAUGCUACGCAGGCAGCAGGGUUGGAAAGAGAAUGA